CAACAACAAAAAACCCAUUAUGCCUGCAGAAAUACAGGAGAAGCUCGACGCUCUGUCCGUCGAGGACAAAGAAAACACCCCAGGCACUCCCGACGCAGAGGGCUCUGACGACGACGACGUUGCGGAGGAUGUAGCUGUAGACGGAGGAGCAGCAAAAAAGAAAAAGAAGAAGAAGAAGAAGGCAAAGAAGCCCGCUGCGGACGGAGACACCGCGGCGAAUGGAACCGCUCAACCUGUGAAGCGCGCCACGGCGCAGACGGAACCGCCGUCUGUUCCCGUCUCCCAUUUGUUCCCGGACGCUGUCUACCCGGAAGGACAAUUGGAGGAGUACCGGGAUGACAAUGCGUUCCGAACGACGGACGAGGAAAAGCGGUACUUGGAGCGUAUGGAGAACGACCACUACAACGAUCUCCGUAAAGCAGCAGAGGUACAUCGACAAGUUCGACAGUAUGCUAAGAAGACCAUCAAACCGGGGAUGUCCAUGAUCGACAUUUGUGAGAUGAUCGAAAAUGGAACAAGGACACUGGUUGAGGAGAAGGGACUGGAGGCCGGAAUUGCGUUCCCCACCGGUUGCUCCCUCAACCACGUAGCUGCCCACUACACCCCGAACGCCGGUGACAAGACAGUCUUGCAGCACGACGAUGUGAUGAAGGUCGAUUUUGGUGUUCACGUCAACGGACGGAUCGUGGAUUCCGCUUUCACAAUGGCGUUCAAUCCUCAAUACGACCAGCUACUGGCCGCUGUAAAGGCUGCCACCAAUGCAGGUCUUAAGGAAGCAGGUAUCGAUGUCCGCAUGUCCGACAUCGGUGCUGCAGUGCAGGAAGUGAUGGAGUCCUAUGAGGUGGAGAUCAAUGGCAAAACCUACCAAGUGAAGCCCAUCAGGAACUUGAACGGCCACUCCAUUGGUCCGUACCAUAUUCACGGUGGCAAGACUGUCCCCAUCGUCCGUGGAGGGGACCAAACCAAGAUGGAGGAGGGAGAGCUGUUCGCCAUCGAGACCUUCGGUAGUACCGGAAAGGGAUACGUCCAUGAGGACAUGGAGUGUAGUCACUACUCCAAGAACUUCAACACGGGGCAUAUCCCCUUGAGGUUGCCUCGUGCCAAGGCGCUCUUGGGCUCCAUCACCAAAAAUUUUGGAACGCUGCCAUUCUGUCGCCGUUACCUCGACCGUGUCGGUGAGACCAAGUACCUGAUGGCCCUGAAGAACCUCGUCGACAACGGUGCCGUCGAGGCCCACCCGCCGCUUGUUGACGUGCGCGGCUCGUACACCGCGCAAUACGAGCACACCUUCAUCUUGAGGCCAACCAGGAAAGAGAUCCUGACUAGAGGUGACGACUAUUAGUGGCCUCUUUUGGGAGGCUGCUAUCCUGUUCUUGUAUCUAUCACGAAAUGCAUAGCUUGAAUCACACAUAUUGUUCGCAUCAAAGUAGAGUGUCAAUGAAGAG